GACUUCUGUGCCCACACAGCGUGACAAAAAUCAGAUCUCUGUUACAUCAACUGAAAAACAUAUUAGUUAACUUCCCUGAAUGUGAACGUAGCCAUUAAGUCACGGUUAUUAAGGAGUGGGGACUCCUCUGGUUGUGAGCCGAUCACACCCCUAUUCCUGUCCCACAGCUCCAUUAACAACAUUCGGGCUGCCGGAGCACUAUGCCAACACUUCGCCGUCGGCUCAUGUUUCGGACUGGUAGGAGUCUCGAAAAAAUGCGCUUCUCCCUGACGCUUUAAAAAGCAUCGAGACAGGACAACUCGACAUCAAAACAAACGAAGACUGGUCCAAUUCAAGCGUUAACGUCGCUAGAUGUCUGUAAAGAUGCCAGAGGUCAGGGAUCUUUCUGAAGCUUUGCCAGAUAUGCCCAUGGAUCCAAUCACUGGAGUGGGCGUAGUAGCCUCCAGGAACAGGGCACCCACAGGAUAUGAUGUGGUCUCCACAACAACAGACGGCCUGGAUGCUGACCUUUGGAAAGAUGGCCUUUUUAAAUCCAAGGUGACCCGCUACCUCUGUUUCACUCGGGUCUUCUCUAAAGAAAAUAGCCAUUUAGGCAACGUACUGGUGGACAUGAAGCUGAUAGACAUAAAAGACACCCUGCCUGUAGGUUUCAUCCCAAUCCAGGAGACUGUUGACACUCAGGAGCAGGCCUUCAGGAAGAGACGACUCUGCAUCAAGUUUAUUCCACGGGACUCCACAGAAGCAGCCAUUUGUGACAUUCGCAUCCUGGGGCGCUCCAAGCAGGCCCCUCCACAGUACACCUUUAUAGGGGAGCUCAACAACAUGGGAAUCUGGUAUCGCAUGGGCAACGUUCCUCGGACCCAGGAUUCCACGCACACACCCACCACAAACAACAUCCAGAAUGUGAACUCGUCCUCCAGCUCAGCCCCAGUCCCAGCUGCUCCCAUGCUCAAACAUAUUUCCAUGACACUCCCGGCCAGUUUCAGAGGGAAAAACACCACCAGACCAGACUACGAGCACCAGAACUCCAACUUGUAUGCUAUCUCAGCAAUGGACGGCGUGCCUUUCAUGAUCUCCGAGAAGUUUGCCUGCGCCUCUGAUCUGCAGCAGGUGGAUCUGAUGGGCAUCACCAUUAAGUCACUGGCUGAGGUUGAGAAAGAGUAUGAUUACAGUUUCCGCACAGAGCACAGCGCAGCCGCUCGUCUGCCCCCCAGUCCAACACGGACCUCCAUGAGCUCCGAGGCCUGAGGAACUACUGACCUGCAUACAGCGAACAGUGACCCCCUCCCUCCCUCUCGCCGCCGCCGCCUCUCUUAAACAAUGGUGAUGAAAUGAAAAGACGUAUGGUUGUUUUCUGCAUUCUUUUUUUUAAAAAAGGAAAGGAAACAAAGACUGAAAUACAGAAGUGACAACUAUGUACAAAAGGAACUAAAUAUCCUUUCGAAAUGAGAUGGAAACGCCCCCAUCGGACCUUUUUUUUUGCUCGAUCAUAUGAUUUGAAAAACAUUUAGUGUUGUACCACAGCCCUUGUGAAGGACUUGUUAGCAACAAGAUAAAGGGAUCUUCUUGUCGUGAUGGAUGCACCCGUCAGUGUCCUUUGCUGUCAGAGAAUGGACAGACUGUGAAAGCAGAGAGUCUUUCGGCCGUCCCGAGUCAUGACGCCUGCUGCGCUGUUCUGAAUCAAAGCACCUCCCACUACAUGUGUUGGGAAAAAUGAUAGGAAUCUUAUUUUGUUUUCAACCUCAUACUGAUCUUCUUCAUCUGUAAUGAUCUCAGCGUUCUUUCUAUGUUACUGUGAUAUACUGGUGUGACUGUGAGUGCACUCGUGUUAGGAAAUGUCCGUGUGCUUCCCGACGCCACAGAUAUUACAUAAAAACCACUCCCUCACUGUCGGCAGCUGAGAUUAUAGAACCACUGUUAGUGUUAGUGGUAGUUCUUCAACUCUUUGAAGUGUGGUCGUAUGCAGUGCCCGCCCACUCAGUGACCGCCUACAGACGCGGACACUCCCCUUCAACUACGACAACUUCAGCAACAUGUUUACAUGAAUUUUUAGAAGUCUGGUGUUAGCCUUUACUCGACAUUCGUAGGUUAGUAGAUAUUGUAUCGUGAAAAAAUUAGUUCAACCUGUAAACUGAUGUUGUUUGGCUUCAUAAACUGUAGAAAAUCAACUGUUUCUACACCACAGCAGCACAGAGGAGUUGUUGAUCCACUGCUGCCUCCAUCGGUUUGAAUGUUUCUUAAUGUACUGUGGUGUGAGGGUAGUUUUGGCUUGCGUCCCCCAAAAACCAUGGUUUGUCUUGCGUUGAGUGUCCGUGUCUGAGGUUGGUAUCCGCCCGGCAACAGAUGCGUGCACAGUGUCAUACAGCCACACUGCAAACAGACUUGACUAGCUCCUUAAAGACCACAGUACACUUUACACUGCUGGGCUUACACAUGCAUAGCGUUUUGAACUAAGCUGUGAUUAUUUUUUUGACGAGAUGGUAACACAAACAUUCUUAAUACCUUUUUGAAUAGCAACGAAUAUUAACAAGAACUAAAAAAAAUAAUAAUCUUAAUUACACAGAAGAAAUGAAAAAGCAUGUUCACACAGUGCUACGACUGUGACCCCGCUGCUGUUGAAACAAAGCCUUGUGAUCAAAGCAAUGCGGAACAAUUCAUUCACUGAAAUCACACCUUACUCUGAUCCUCUUAUUACCAUACUUGUGUUGACGUGUGAGGUGUACCACACCACACACUCUUGAAAAAAAACAUCAACUUCAUUUACUGUUUCUGACGUUUAAAGCUGCUGUCCGAGAUCUGGCUAACCUGUUGUUCGUUGGUGCCAUCACAGUGCGUUCCAUUUGUGGUCGGAACUCGGAAAUGCUCUCUCUCGUUUGUAAUAAUCUGAGAGAAUCAACUUCCUGUUUACACAUACAGUAUAUGCCUAGUAUACCUGAACGGUUACGUGACAGACUCUGAACGGAGCUAAACGUUUGUCUGGAUGCAGAACACUUUUACCAGAAAGAGCCGUUUUAAAUGGAAAAUGUAACGACAGCAACUUUAACGUAGAUGUCACGCUUUAAUGCUGCGGUCACACUGAACACAUACGCGCUGCACCACUGUUUUUGUACUACAAGGUGGAUCGACUUCCUCUCUGACUCCUCGCAGAGCAAAUGACAAAAAGACGCCACGCCGUGGAAUCUUGACAUCGAUUGGCUUAUGUGUUAUUUUAUGAUUUGAUUGUAUUUAAUACUCUCUUCUUUGUUUGUAAACUUGGAACACGGCGCAGCGCGUCUGAUGUGACCGCAGCAUAAAUGUUGUUUUAUUUUUUAACCACACUGAAGCAUGUUUCAGCGUGUUUCCUCUGUACUUACACGUUUUGAAUGUGUGAAAAUGAUUUUAGAAGUUUGGUUUUUAUAGAUCCAUCUCACACGUUUAGGCCACUUCCCACUCCAGAACCACUACAGUUCACUUGCGAUGAUAUGGGGGUUUGACAGUUGCCACUUGUUCACAGUGUUCAAACACAAUAACGCUGGUGAAUCCUCUCUGCUGCAUCCUGCCACACAAAUACUACUGUUGAUAACAACACAUUAAACCCACACCCCCGCCUUCAUGUCUGUUACUUUUCUGAUUUUUAAUGCUCUGUGAGGUAAAUCUCAGCGCCCCCUUCAGGCAACUUGUUACUGAGGGGCAUCAUUUUUUCAUUUACUGUCAGUUGUUUGUUUGAACACUGACGUCGCGUCAUCUGUGCGAAAGCUAUAAUUUGACUGUUACAUAUCCACGUUAAAAUGCCCGUCUCUGCACUGAACACCAUGUAAAUGCACAACAGUGGUUUUAUAUUAAAGGGAUAGUAAAGGUUUUUGAAGUUGGUACUGACUACACUGCAUACGCGAGGAUAAACAGUUAAUAAAAACACACUAAACUUAUAAAAACAAAAACUUAACUUUUCUGGAUGGCAACAAAAGUUUUAAAACUUAGAGUCCAAAGAGAAAAUCAUCAUUUUUUGAGCUGCUGCUAUGUUUGUUUGGAUUUAGCAAGUUAACAUAAAAUUAGCAAAAGGAUUUCAAACACACAAGUAAAAUAAGUGGACUUUGGUGUGACGAGUGAGAGGUUUACUAAGUGACACAAAGUUAUAAAACCAAACGUCAAAAAACCCAAACUAUCCCUUUAAGUCAGUCAGCAGCACCAGCGUGUUUUAUUUGUCCUUGUUCACAUCACUUGUUACAGAAGACAGAUGUUCACAAGCAAACGCUAGUUUCUCUUUUUUAUUAUCAAGUCAUAAAUGCAUGGAUUAACCUCCUUUUACUUUAUAUUUUUGUUUGAAUAAUGUAUUAGUCAUUACAGUAUUGUGACAGUGACCUAAAGGCUUUGUUGUUUUCAAAAAUGUAACCUAUACAGUUGUUUGGAGUGAAAAGAUAAACAGCUCAUGUGAUGUGUGUGUGUGUGUGUGUGUAACUACACGUAUGUCAUUGUUUCCAGACAGUUCUACAGAAACUGUAAUAUCAAACCAAUAUGACGUCUGCACUGACGGCAAAUCUCACAUCUGCUUUUAUGUCUGUUAGUAAGCGUGCAUGAGGUGUUCCACUUAGACAGUUGUUCUUUUUCUAGGAUAACGAUCGACAGUCAUCAGUGCAUCUGUUCAUUUUGUGUCAUCAGGUCAUUUUAUUAAAAUAUGAUGAACUUAAA